AUGAGACGUGUUGUUAUUCAAUGUCAACACGAUGACGAUAUUCCAAUAAUAAUGGAAAUAAUCAAUUCGUAUGGAGGAAGUUUAAUUCGACCACAGUCACCUCAAAGAUUCGAUAUGAUUCAUGUGGAUUUAUCAGAAGAAAAUGAAACAACAUUAAGUGAUUUUGUCAAGGAAUUACAAAUCUAUUUGACAACAUCUCAACCAAGAAAGUCACUUAUGAAACAUAUACAUGAGCUGAUUUCUAUCAAAUGUGAAAAAACAUGUUCAAAUUGCCUGCGAUGA